UAAAAUAUAACAUAAGAACCUAAAAUUUUUGUAAUAAUUUAACAGAACGACAGUUAUAAUUUCGAUUUGAAGAUUAAUGGUGAAAACAAAAGAAAAGCAAAAGUUACGGAUAAAUUAAAUAUUCCGUGUAUCGAAGUAAAAAUAGAGAAAUAAGCUUAAAUAUAAUAAUAAUAAUGAUAAAAAAAUUAAAAACUGUUAGCCAGAUGAUUUUAUAUGUUAUCUUGUUAAUUAGUUGUGCUACAAAUGGAAAUGCUGAACCCGCUAAAGAAAGUAAAAUAGUAGGAGGUUAUCCAAUUAGCAUUUACGAAGCCACUUAUCAAGCAUCCCUAAGAGUUAAAGCAAGAGAAAAAUCUAAAGGUUUUGGUCAAGGUCAUAUUUGUGGUGGAUCCGUAAUAGGACAGCGAUUAAUAUUGACAGCAGCUCAUUGUGUAAAAAAUUAUGUUGCCAAUGAUUUUACGGUGGUAAUGGGUAAUGCUAAUCGUCUAGUGCCCGACACUCAGCAAUUGCAAUAUAAUGUGCAACAAAUUAUAGCAAAUAAUGCAUAUAAUGCUACAACUUUUGCUAAUGAUAUAGCUUUGUUAUUCAUAAAUGGUUAUAUACCCUGGAAUUGGCCAACAGUUAAGGCGAUACAACUUAAUACACAACAAACAGCGGCUGUUACUAUGUGUAAAAUUACUGGAUGGGGUGAUAUGGGAAAUGGUCAACUGUCCAUAAAUCUUUGGGCUGCCAUCGUACCUAUUGUAUCCUAUGCCCAAUGUCGUAGUAGCUAUGGAUAUAUACCUGAAUCUAUGAUUUGUGCCGGUUAUAUGGGUAUGGGUGGCGUGGAUGCUUGUCAAGGUGAUUCGGGUGGACCUUUAGUUUGUAAUGGUCUACUGACAGGUGUCGUAUCGUGGGGUGAGGGUUGUGCCUUAGCCGAUAAGCCCGGAGUUUAUACAAAUGUUAGCGCAUUUUAUGACUGGAUUGUUGUACAGAAUAAAACUUUAAAUUAUACUCUCUAUAGCAAUAACGCUAGAAGUUUAGUUUUAAUUAAUUAUUUUAAUAUUAUAGUAAUUGUUAGUUUAUUAUAUUUUUUAAAAUAAAUUAGUUUGAUUAUACA